CACAGACCCCCGAUCCUGUAAGCACCAACCGCAUCGUCAGUCGCAACGGCUGCCCCAUCUUCUUCCAACCCUUCUCCUUACCAGCGUAAAGUCAUGGCUGCUAAAGACCUUGUCGAGUCCACUAUCUCCAGCAACAAGAUUGCUAUUUUCUCCAAGAGCUGGUGCCCGUACUGCAAGCGCGCCAAGCAGCUUCUCACCACCAAGUUCCCUGACGUCCCCACCAAGAUCUACGAGCUUGACGAGCUGGACGAGGGUGACGCGAUUCAGGCCUACCUUCAAGAGAAGACCGGCCAGAGGACUGUGCCCAACAUCUUCAUCAGCCAGCAGCACGUUGGUGGCUGCGACAGCGUUGUGGGCUUGGACUCCCAAGGCAAGCUCGCGGGGCUUGUUGGAGCGUGAGCGUCCUUCGCCGCCGUCCGUACAUUAUGGAAUUGUAAACGCGAAUUCCUGACUGGCAGACCUGUUUCGUCGUCGCGGUUGUAAGAAUAAUACAAAGAAUAUAUCGGAAGAUCGUCUUGUA